CCCCCUCUCUCUUCUCCAUGCUGUUUACGAAUCGGAGACCCGUGUGAACUAACGUGUGUUUGACCCAUCUAUCCUUCUCGUCUCGUGGUUUAUCAUGGAUAAAAAAAGCCCAAACGCCACCAAGAAGAAACCUAAAGCUGCGAAAAUGAAACCGGGCACCGACCCCGUGAAAAACUUCGAGAAAUGGAAGAAAAAGUACAACAAGACGAAAGAUCGAGUGAAGCGAGAGAGAGCCCCGAAGAGGCCGGAGUGGCAGGUCGAACGGGAGUACAUCGCCUCGCUGGUUCGCAGGUACGAAGGCAUCAACGCCAAGGAGGCUGUGAAGUUUUCGGACUUCCCCAUUUCAAAGAAAACCCUGUUGGGUCUGCAGGAGUGUCAGUACAGGCAGCCCACGGAGAUCCAGAGGCAGACGAUCAGCUUCGCGCUGCAGGGGAAAGAUGUCCUCGGCGCGGCGAAAACAGGCUCAGGGAAGACAUUAGCUUUCCUCAUCCCGGUGCUGGAGUGUCUGUACCGACACCAGUGGAGCUCCAUGGACGGGCUCGGUGCUCUCAUCAUAUCGCCCACCAGAGAGCUCGCCUAUCAAACAUUUGAAGUCCUGCGCAAGGUGGGCAAGAACCACGAGUUCUCCGCGGGGCUCGUCAUCGGCGGGAAGGACCUGAAGACCGAGUCGGAGAGGAUUCACCGCACCAACAUCGUCAUCUGCACCCCGGGUCGGCUGCUCCAGCACAUGGACGAGACGGCCACCUUCCACGCCUCCGACCUGCACAUGCUCGUCCUGGACGAGGCGGACCGCAUCCUGGACAUGGGCUUCGCGGACACGCUCAACGCCAUCGUGGAGAACCUGCCGGGGUCGAGGCAGACGCUGCUGUUCUCCGCCACCCAGACCAAGUCGGUGAAAGACCUGGCCCGGCUCAGCCUCAAGGACCCGGCGUACGUGUGGGUCCACGAGAAGGCCAAGUUCAGCACGCCGGCCACGCUCGAGCAGAGCUACAUGGUGUGUGAGCUCCACAAGAAGGUCAACAUGCUCUUCUCGUUCAUCAGGAGCCACCUGAAGAAGAAGGUCAUCGUCUUCUUCGCCUGCUGCAAGGAGGUGCAGUACCUGUUCCGCAUCUUCUGCCGCCUCAGGCCCGGCACGCCCAUCCUGGCGCUGCACGGCAAGCAGCAGCAGAUGAAGAGGGUGGAGGUCUACAAUGAGUUCCUGAAAAAGCAGAACGCGGUGCUCUUUGCCACCGACAUAGCAGCCAGAGGCCUCGACUUCCCCGCCGUCAACUGGGUGCUGCAGUUUGACUGUCCGGAGGAUGCGGACACCUACAUCCACAGGGUGGGGCGGACUGCCAGGUACAAGGAGGGCGGAGAGGCCCUACUGCUGCUGCUGCCCUCUGAGGAGAGGGGCAUGCUGAGCCAGCUGCAGGAGAAGAAGGUCCCCAUCAAUAAGAUCCAGGUGAACUCGGAGAAGAUGCAGAAUGUCCAGCAGAAGCUGGAGGCCUUCCUGGCCCAGGAGAAGGAGCAGAAGGAGAGGGCUCAGAGGUGUUUUGUUUCCUAUCUGCGCUCAGUUUACCUGAUGAAGAACAAAGAGGUGUUCGAUGUCUUCAAACUCCAGCUUCAGGAGUACGCCGCUUCUCUCGGCCUAGCGGUGGCUCCGAGGGUGCGCUUCUUAAGUAAAGCUCAGGAGCAGAGAGCCGAGAAAGGAGGACAGAGAGAAGAGGAGGAGGAGGAGGAGGAGGAGGAGGAGCUGAAGAACUUUAAGGCCCAGCUGAGAGGAAACGCUCCUCAGAAGGACAAGCAGAGUUCAGAGUCUGAAGAUUCAAGUGAGGACGAAGGAAGUGGUGAUGAUGAUCAAAGGUCGCGUCAGUCUAAAACACUUCUUCUGGGAGCCGGUGACAGCAGCGAGGACGAUGAGGAUCUGAGAGACUUUGACUUGCUCACAGUCAAAAGAAAGGACGUGUUCAGUCUGACAGGGGACCAGGAGAGCUCCGAGUCUGACCAGGACUCCAAAAAGGAAAAAGAAAAAGAGACAAAGUUUAAAGAAGCCAAAAGAGCAUUAAAGAGAAACUUCCAAGUCAACACCAAAGUCACAUUCAACGAAGAGGGAGACGCCGUGCAGCUGUGGCCUCCAGCCCAAAGGCAAGUGGCUGUUGCAGAGGAAGACGAGGAGGAAGAGGUUUCAGGUAUCAACGUAGAUAAGGCCAAGGAGAGGCUGAGACGUGAGGACCAGCAGUUUGACAAGCAGGAGUACAGCCGCAAAGUGAAAGCCAAACACAGAGAACAGAGGCUGAAAGCCAAGGCAGCCAGGAGAGAGGCCAACAAGAAGAAGGGAUCGAAAUCUGAUGAAGACGAGGAGGACGAGGUGCUGGCUUACCUGGCCAAUCACAGCGAAGACGAGUUUGAUCCCAGCACCUUGCCCGAUCCUGAUAAACCACACGCAGGGGGGGAGGAGGAGGAGGCAAGGCCAGCUAAACGGCAUCACAGAAGUGAGAGCAGUGAUGAUGAUGAUGAUGAUGAUGAAGAGGAGGAGGGCACAGCGGGGAAGAGGAAGAGAGUGAGGCAGGGAAAUGAUGAGCACAGCGCUCUGGACACCGGGCUCUCUUUGGCUGAAGAUGAAGAGUUAGUGUUGCAUCUGCUCGGAGGACAGGUGUAGAGAAAGGAGGGGUCAGAAGAUUUAAAGACGGUUCAACAUCUUUAUAAAAUAAUCAAUUCAAUAGAUUCAGUAAUUUAGUGUAAAAACAUGGAAGCACAGACUCUGUGUCCCAAUUCAGGACCACAUGCAUAUUCCUCCCAGUUUUGAGUCUGUUUAUACGUCACACUGAAGUGAAAAUAAAUAAAAUAACAGAGACCAAGAGCCUUUCUGAACUUGGAGCACUCACUGAAUUUAGAAUAUCCAUACUUUGUCUGCCUCAAUAUACUGGAUCCAUCUUCUAAAAUAUAAUCCCUGACAUGUUUUCAUCUGAUUUAAAAAGAGGUAAACAGUCUUUACUGUCACUUUAGUGUGAGCCAACAACAUGUCUCACCUGUAGCUUCCUCAGGUUCGCUGGACGUCACAACAAAGUGACAGUGAAGUCAUUUUCAGAGUACCAUUUAAUGAUUUUAUUUUUUUCAUUGUAUGUUCCUGCAAACCGACCGGGACCUGACAACAUAGGACGGCUGUGCUCACGGUCUCCUGUUGGUCAGGUUUACAAUCUCCUUUGUAUUUUUCUUAUUUUAAAAUAUUAAGGACUAAAAAACACCAAACAGAGUCAAAUAAAUCUAUUAUUAUCAAACUCAAAUUGAGUAUCCUGCUUCAUCAGGACUGUGUGUGUGGUUUAAUCAAAAUGUAUUGAAAAUGAUCAAACGUGGUUCAAUCUGUCAUCAAGUUCUGAAUAGUUUGGUUACAGAAAUGUAUGAACAUCGACUUCCUCUUCAAACCAACGAAAAGAACCGAGGAAAAAGGAGAAGAAAUGUGUUUGAUUUCUCUGGAUUCUUUAAAUGUUUAACAUAUAUUCCUCCUCUCUGUUUGUGUAGUGGACUGUCGAGAGCCUCUUGUUUUUUUUGCUUCUCAAUCUCCCUUGAAUUUCAGAAAUAAGCUCCU